AGUAGAGGAAACAAGGACAUUGGAGUACGAGAAUCCAGGAAAUCCUCAGCAACUGGAAGUAACUUUACUUUGUGGUGGAGGUGGCGGGGCGCCUCCGGACAAUUGUGCCACACGACAUUCACCUGCACGGCUUCCGCUGUCUCUUCAGCCACGAAGGUGGAGCUGGCACUGGAACUAGGCAUGUACGAGAGCUCUUGCUCCUACCAGAGCGCUCUGGACCUGAAGCGGGUGUCCGCCGCUUGUCCGCCCGCGAUGCCUGCCAUCAAAAGCGAGGACUGCAUGAGCGCAGGGCUCAGCGGCACGGCGGGUGACUGGGCUGCGGGCUGUGCCUAUCGGUUCGCCUGCAACUCCUCCACGUUCGAGCAGCUGAAACAGUCUGUCGAGAAGGCCAAGGCGGCACUCCAGGACCGGAGCAGCUACCUGGCAGCGUCCAGCGCGUUCAGUGAUCUCGCUAGCUCACCUUUCGCUCCUCCGCCGCGUAACAAUGCGGCGACACAGGACCCCCUGCAGGACGCUCGCAGGGACGACACUAUCACCUCUGUCUCCGACAAAAGGACGCACAGUUUAGAGCCGCACUCUCAGAGCCGCGCAGAUAAGAACUCGAGCCACGGACAUCUGACUGCUUCGUCUUUGUCUGGUCUGAGUUCGUCGAAGGGCUACCACUCGACUACCAUCACGGAGUCUUUGCGUGUCACCAGCAAAGCAG